UUGACCCAUCCCCAAAUAAACCAAUCAAAGCAGACACUGGCGUAGCUCCGUGCCGAGCCGCCCCUGGCUUAUGGAUGACUGCGAUUGUGUCACAAUUUGACACAGCUCACACUGCUCCCAUUUUGGACACACAGCUCGACGACCUUGGUCUGAGAUUAGCAACUGCGUCCGAAGAUGGUUUGGUGAAGCUGUGGGACGUUUCGGCAGAGGACCCCCUCUUCCUCUGCGAUUUGGAUGGCCACAGUGGCCCGGUACAUCAGGUGGCAUGGGCUCCGGUGGGCACCGGUGCUGGCGCCCUGCUUCUCACCGGAGGAUCCGACGGACGGGUCCUACUGUGGGGUCCGUGCCAAGACCCAAAGAGGUGGCAGAUAGUUCAUGAAGAGAACUUGAGUAAACAUGGGGAAGUCCGUGCACUGUCAUGGGCACCGACGAAUGUGGGAGCCGCUUUUGCCUGUGCGUUGAGUGAUGGAACCGUCACUGCAACGAUCCACCAGGGCACAGUGCGGUCAGGCGAGACUGAUGUGGAGCACCGCUGGCAGACUCAGAGCUUUGCCAUUCACAAGGGCGAGGUGCACGCCGUGUCCUGGGCUUCAAGCGUUGGGCCAGACAGCCGUGGCAAGCUUGCAGGAGCAUGCCUGGCUUCUGCUGCUACUGAUGGUCUGCGAGUGUGGUCAAUUCUGGAAGUCCAAGGCCGCUCUAAGCAAGAAGCGGUGGACGACUCGGAAAACAAGGAGUUCCGUGAUGUGGCCUGGAAGCCUUGGGACGGCAACUAUGACACCUUGGCGUCUGUCAAAGGACACGAGGUCAUAUUUUGGUGCCGUGACAAGAGCUCCAAGUGGGUGGUGGAAUCUCGGGUCGACCUGGAAGAGGAGGUGUGGCACCUGGAGUGGCAGGCAGGAAGUCAGCUCUUGGUGACCUGCGGCACCAAGGAAUAUCGAAGCAUCCUGCUGAAGCAGCAACUCUCCGGAAAGUGGGACAAGAUCGACCUGAGUGGAGAAGUGACUGCGCAAUGAAGUUGUCAGCACGAUCCAAAAAA